AUGGAUCCGCAUCUCCUGACGCUUCUCCUGCAGCUGGCGGGCGAAGAAGAUGGUCCCACGAUGACGGUGGGAACCGCACUGGCUUUCCGACAGGAGACCUUGUUCCAGAUGGUGGUUCAGGCGGUUAAGGAGAAGGUGAGCGCCUUAACGCCAUAUCUCCUGAAAGGGCGCCGUUAGAUGAUCCAUAAGUUAGGGACCACCGUUCUUGCAUAUCUCAACAGGGAUAGCGUCCGAUCAGGGCGUUUUCCCACUGGUGAGCUGCUGCACGGGCCUGAUAGUUUCAUGGAGAGAGGGCGGGAGGUGGAGGUCAAAGUGGGUAUCCACCUGCGGCAGACGGGCAAUGACGAUGAGCCAGUGCCUGGAGCACCACUGCUCACACUGCCUCAUGCAUUCACUCAUCACAUGGGUCUAUUCGGCCACAUGCGCAUUCACAGAAACCUGCGGUAGACAACCGCCGGCUACGCAACGCCAUGAUAUCUUCUCACAUCAACACCUCACACCACACAAUACCAUCACCCAUCAUAAGCACCUUAUUGCUACCUCCACGCAAGCGGGAAUGUACUUCACUGCUCCUUCUCCAUGCGGUUCCUUUGCUGUAUGUGAGAUCCAAGUCCGAGGCUACCACGGUACGUCAAGCGCAAUGGUUUGGAAGGCUGCUGUCUAACGCCCAAACUCACUUCCCGCAGUCUACCCAGUUGUUUGUGUAUUUGUGCAGUGCCGAACUAGUGCGCUGAGGGCCAGACUGUCAAAGCUCCUACUUAAAGUGACCUUUGGUCCCCUAGGACAUGUAAGAUGUAUGGCGCCCAACUCCUGUUGUGUGAAAUUCUAGUGCUUGUGCUUGGGGGGCCAGGUCGUGCCGUAGCGCGCGCAGACAUGGUCAGUAGACCAUGUCAGCCACCGCGCCCAAUCCCCGCUCCAGUCAACUGACCGGCUCGGACAGUGGCUGAGGCACGGGGACGGGAAGGGAGAGUGAGGUCGACGACUCAGCGCAUUUUCCUCACUAUAAGCAAUCUGACGGGCUUGAAGCUAUCACGGCGCGCUAAAAGCCGUAGCUUGGAAGGUUGCCAACUAACGGGAUAACCUGGAUUCCGCAGAGGGUCUAGUGUGUGUGUUUAUGAGUGGCGACCGACUGGAAGUCUAAGAGCCAGGCUGCGAUGGCUGCUUCUUAAUGUGGCUUUUAUAUCACUCCCACUCCAUGGGAUCCGAGGCGGGGUGUGACGGCAUGCCUAGGUGCGGCCUCAGCUUCGCUAGCCCCUUCUGUUUUUGUCAGUUAAAAUUCUUGUCAUUUACUGUGUGCACCAGGGGAUGUUGAAGGGAGCGUCAAAGUGAGGGCUCGACUGUGCCAUACUUCUGCGCCCUCACUCGCCUCCGGUCAUCUUGACUUUCAAAUGAAGGCGAAAUUUCGAGAUCCAGGUGUAUGCACAAAUGAAGAAAAAGAGUCGAGCAUAACAAUGCUGCGAUUUGAAAAAAAAGACACGAUCACCGGGACAAGAGCUUUAUUAGCCUGACGUUUCGGAUUCCUACUCGAAUCCAUCAUCAGAGACAAAAAAGCAGAAACGGGUGGUUGUUGCACAAGGGGCUGCGAUAUUUAUAGGAUGCAGUAGCCAUGCUACCGCAUACCUAUGAACAUUCACGGCUCCCCCCUUCAUCCAGGAUCGUCGCACUUGGUGUGAUCAUUGCUUGAUGGCCGAUAUUCGAGUCGAUAAUUGCUGCAAUUUCAUCACGUGCGUUGGAUGUUGGCGUGAUGAUCGCUCGACCAUCUGACGGACCGACCCCGGUGUUGGGAAAAGUGUUCACCUCUGCGCUCCCCGCAUGGCUUGUUACUCCGCCCAGGCGAAGUUUCAGCACGGAGUAUAGAAUGGGAAGAUUGUUGCACUUGUUGAUGGACUGGGGGCCAGUAAACCAUGAUUCCAGUAGCUGCCGGCUCACGCGGUUGUCACCUCUUGCGAGAAUUUCGGCCUCAUCGAAUUUGAAUGUGUGGCCGGAUCUCGUCCAAUGAGCCGCAACUUGAGAGCUGGCGUCAUUUCUGCGCACCACUGCCGCGUGUUCGGCCAUUCUCGUUAGGAGCUGUCUUCCGGUUUCUCCGACGUAGUUGCUUCGUCCGCAACUGCACCAGAUCCGAUAAACGACUCCAGACGUUUCUAGCCGUGGCAGGGGGUCUUUCGGUUUCAUGACCAGACGCCUGAUGGUUGCCUCCGGUCUGUGUGCCACUCCAACCCCAAGUGGUGCGAGAAGGCGGCCGACAGCUUCCGAAACGUUCUUGACAUACGGAAGUGCCCGCCAAGAUUUGGUGUCCGUGCAGUUAGGCCUUUCGUCCCUUUUGCGUAUGCACCGGUCGAAGAAGUUGCGCGGGUAGCCAUUGGCUUUGAAGACCCGUCGGAGGUAUUGUAGUUCGGCAAUUUUGUCUUCCGGCUCACUGCAGUGCGUUUCGACACGCCGAUAGAGCGUCCUUACACAACUACGUUUGUGGCUGAUUGGGUGGUUACAGUUGAAGGGGUGUAGGGGUGUCAGCGGUGGGUUCACGUAAUGGUCGUGGUGGUCGCUCACUUGCUUGCAGGUGAGACUGCGCCCAGCGUCCACUUGCUGGCACUCAACUCUCACCUGUGGCUCCAUGUAGCUGGACUCUGCUCAGCGGCCACACCCCGGGCAACCGUCUCGACCGGCGGGCUAAACCAGGUGAGGGGGCCCUGUGCGCUGUGCCGUGUGCACAGGGUUUGCGGAUUCCGCUGGAUGGAAGGUCGGGUGGAACCUUGCGUCGGCACCGUCGUGACGUGGUUCGUCUCUGCACUCCGCUGGACAGCCGGUGACGGGAUGGAUCUCCACAUCGACAUCGCCUUGACGCGCCCACCUACGCCGUCGGAGACCGCGGCUUACGGCGAAUUCGAGUCGCUCUCCACUAAAACCCGAAGUCGUGGUCCCAUAGUGGAGUUCGGCCGUGUCACAACGGCACAUGGCAGCCCUAUUCAGGGAUGGCACUGCCAGCCCCCACGAGGGGAAGGGCCUAGAAAAGGUGGCCUAAACAUUGCUGGGUACCACGCCGUCUCCAGGCUAGCCAGGGCCGCAGACGUCUAAUCAUGGUCGAAACAAUCGAAAUCGAAACUACAACAAUACCAAUAACGACAACAACAACCAUACUCAUUCUCCUCAUCCUACCUCUUCUUCCUCUUCCUCUGCCUAUUCUUCUCCUUCGUCACCUUCUUCUCCAUCUCCUUCCCGUCACCCCACUCGUUGUCACCAGACUGGCAGGGUGAGCCCGCUCACUCUGGCAGCCUGGAAUUUUCGUUCCCUUUUAAACAAUCCGAGGAGCAACCGACCGGAAUGGAGGACGGCGCUAGUGGCACGAGAACUGGCGCGCUACAAGGUGGACAUCGCCGCACUCAGCGAGACCCGUUUCUUCGAGCAAGGCCAACUGGAGGAGGUGGGUGCCGGCUACACCUUCUUCUGGAGCGGUCGACCCAGGGCAGAGCGACGGGACGCGGGUGUCGCCUUCACCAUUCGGAACGACAUAGUCGGACGACUGCCCUGUUUGCCGCAGGACAUCAACGAUCCGCCUGCCUCUCCGGGGAGGCAAAUUCGCCACCAUCAUCAGCGCCUACGCUCCGACGAUGACCAACCCCGACGCCGUCAGAGACAAAUUCUACGAGGACCUGCACGCCCUCUUGGCGACUGUGUAGAAGGCGGACAAGUUGAUUGUCCUUGGCGACUUCAACGCCCGCGUCGGCACAGACCAUACUGCCUGGAGAGGCGUGCUGGGUCCCCACGCUCUCCGCGGCUCAAACGACAAUGGUCUGCUGCUUCUUCGCACCUGCGCAGAACACCGCCUCAUCCUGACGAACACCUUCUUCUGUCUGCCGGAGCGAGAGAAGGCCAUCUGGAGGCAUCAUCGGUCGCGCCAGUGGCACCUGCUGGACUACGUCCUCGUCCGGAGGCGAGAUCAGAGGGACGUGCUGGUGACAAAGGCGAUCGCGGGUGCUGACGGGUGGACCGACCAUCGCCUCGUCAUCUCGAAGAUGCGUAUUCGCUUACAGCCUCGCAGGAGACCACAAGGUAAGCGACCCCCAGGUAUUUGCUUUGUAGUAGCAGCUCAAUUGUCUCGAUCGCCAGGUCCUGGGGAAUAGAAGUAAAAAGGAAUGUAACAUCAAAAGAUACCAUGACCUCAUCUGGAUGGAUACUUACCCCUUUGAGUUUCUCCAGGAGUUGUGCUGACGAAGAGACCGUGGUGUCUGACUCAGCAGUUAGGAACUUGAGACGUCGGAACAGCCACUAUGGCCUUCCUAAAGUGCACAAAGACGGCGCUCCUCUCCGACCCAUCGUGUCGCUCCAAGGGACUCCAACGUACGGACUGGCUAAGUGGUUGUUCCGGCGUCUUAAGUUCCUGACCGCUGAGUCAGACACCACGGUCUCUUCGUCAGCACAAUUCCUGGAGAAAAUCAAAGGGGUAGGUAUCCAUCCAAAUGAGGUCAUGGUAUCUUUUGAUGUUACAUUCCUUUUUACUUCUACUCCCCAGGACCUGGCGAUCGAGACAAUUGAGCUGCUACUACAAAGCAAAUACGAUGAAACGGACAACCGUCUUGGACACGCCCAAAUCCUUCAGCUCCUUCAGCUCUGUCUCAGGACGUACUUCACGUUCGACGGGACAAUCUACGAACAGGUGAAGGGCACAACAAUGGGUUCGCCGAUUCCGGGAUUCAUCGCCGAAGCGGUCCUGCAACGGGUAGAGUCGCUGGUCUUCCAAUACCACAGACCGAAAUUCUGGGCCCGGUAUGUCGAUGAUACCUUCGUCGUCAUCGAACGGGAUCAGGUGUUGACAUUCCAAGAACAUCUCAGCGCCGUCUUCCCGGACAUUCAAUUUACGAUGGAGGAGGAAGAGAACAACCAGCUGGCCUUCCUGGAUGCCCUCGUAUGUCGCAAAGAUUGUGGUGAACUGAAAACCAAAGUGUUAAGGAAAGCGACAAAUACGAUGCAAGUACUGAACUUCAACAGUAACCACCCAAUCAGCCACAAACGCAGUUGUGUAAGGACGCUCUAUCGGCGUGUCGAAACGCACUGCAGUGAGCCGGAUGACAAGAUUGCCGAACUACAAUACCUUCGACGGACCUUCAAAGCCAAUGGCUACUCGCGCAACUUCUUCGACCGGUGCAUACGCAAAAGGGACGAAAGGCCUAACUGCACGGACACCAAAUCUUGGCGGGCACUUCCGUAUGUCAAGAACGUUUCGGAAGCUGUCGGCCGCCUUCUCGCACCACUUGGGGUUGGAGUGGCACACAGACCGGAGGCAACCAUCAGGCGUCUGGUCAUGAAACCGAAAGACCCCCUGCCACGGCUAGAAACGUCUGGAGUCGUUUAUCGGAUCUGGUGCAGUUGCGGACGAAGCAACUACGUCGGAGAAACCGGAAGACAGCUCCUAACGAGAAUGGCCGAACACGCGGCAGUGGUGCGCAGAAAUGACGCCAGCUCUCAAGUUGCGGCUCAUUGGACGAGAUCCGGCCACACAUUCAAAUUCGAUGAGGCCGAAAUUCUCGCAAGAGGUGACAACCGCGUGAGCCGGCAGCUACUGGAAUCAUGGUUUACUGGCCCCCAGUCCAUCAACAAGUGCAACAAUCUUCCCAUUCUAUACUCCGUGCUGAAACUUCGCCUGGGCGGAGUAACAAGCCAUGCGGGGAGCGCAGAGGUGAACACUUUUCCCAACACCGGGGUCGGUCCGUCAGAUGGUCGAGCGAUCAUCACGCCAACAUCCAACGCACGUGAUGAAAUUGCAGCAAUUAUCGACUCGAAUAUCGGCCAUCAAGCAAUGAUCACACCAAGUGCGACGAUCCUGGAUGAAGGGGGGAGCCGUGAAUGUUCAUAG